AUGGGAAAAGAAAAAUCUUCAAAAAAAGUUCAACAAAAACCUUUACAUGUACAAUUAACAGAAAAUAUAUUGCCAAAUAGAAAAGCAAGAACAAAAUAUGCGAUCAGAAACCAAGAAAAAGAAAAGGACGAUGAAUUUGUUGAUUCUAAGCUUUCACAAAAAAUUCUCAAAAUUGCAAAAGAACAGCAAGAAGAAUUAGAAAAAGAGCAAGGACAGAAGCAGGAGGAGGACAAAACAAUUGAGAAACAAAAUAAAACUUUGUCAGAUAUUAUAAUGGAAAAAAUUGAAUCACAGCAAAAUUCGAAAAAGCAAAUGUCUUUAGAUAAGGAAUCAACAUCAUCAUCAACUGUGAAUCCAAAAGUUGUUGAAGUUUACUCAAAAGUUGGUACUUUGUUAAGUGGGUAUAAAUCUGGUAAGAUUCCAAAGGCCUUCAAAAUUAUUCCAUCACUACCAGAUUGGGAGGAUAUAUUAUAUCUCACAAAACCUGAAAAUUGGACUCCACAUGCAACAUUGCAGGCAACUCGUAUUUUUGCUUCUAAUCUAAGUGAUAAACAAUCUCAAAGAUUUUUUGAUAUUGUACUUUUGGAUAAAGUUCGUGAUGAUAUAAAAGAAAACAAAAAACUUAAUCCUCAUCUAUAUAUGGCAUUAAAAAAAGCUUUAUAUAAGCCAGCUGCAUUUUUCAAAGGAAUUUUGUUUCCAUUGUCAGCAAUUGUUGGUAGUGUAAUAUCUAAAGUUAGUAUCCCGAUGCUUCAUUCUUCAGCUGCACUAUUACGAUUGGCAGAAAUGGAUUAUACUGGUCCCAGCAGUUUAUUUAUUCGCAUUUUGCUUGAUAAAAAAUAUGCAUUACCAUACAAAGUUGUAGAUGCUUUGGUAUUUCAUUUUGUUAGAUUUAAAAACGAUGAAAGGAAAAUGCCUGUAUUAUGGCAUCAAUCUUUUUUAGUAUUUGCACAAAGAUAUAAACAAGAUUUGACACCAGAGCAGAAAGAAGCACUGUUUGAUGUACUUAAAUCUAAAUUGCAUGAACAAAUCACACCUGAAAUUCGACGAGAAAUUGCUAACUCUGUUGCUCGUGAUGAAAUCAUCCAAGAUUUGAUCUACAUUGGUUGCUCAAAUAUUUUUGAUAUUAUUCCAAGAUUUAUAAAUAAAUUACAUAUUAACAAAAAAGAAGAUAUGAGUUCAGGACUUCCUUGGCUUGAAAAAUAUCGACCGGUAGUUUUAGAUGAUAUAGUUGGAAAUGAAGAUAUUGUUGAGAGGCUGAAGGUGAUUGCAAAUGAUGGUAAUAUGCCACAUAUGCUUUUAUCUGGAGCACCAGGUGUUGGUAAAACUACUAGUAUUUUAUGUCUUGCGCGUGCAUUAUUAGGAGAUCAUUAUAAUAAUGAUGCUGUGUUGGAACUAAAUGCAUCCGAUGAUAGAGGUAUUGAUGUUGUUAGAAAUACAAUCAAAACAUUUGCUCAAAGAAAAAUUAAUUUACCAGUUGAAUUAUUUUCAAAGACAACUAGAUUUGCACUUGCAUGUAACAUAUCAAACAAAAUUAUUGAACCAAUUCAAAGCAGAUGUACUAUAUUUAAAUUUAAAAAAUUAACAGAUGAUAUGAUCGAAAAAAGAUUAUUAGAAAUUUGUAAACAUCAAGAUGUAAAAUAUGUUCCUAAAGGUAUUGAUGCAAUCGUAUUUACAUCAGAAGGUGACAUGCGACAAGCUAUCAAUAAUUUACAGUCAAUUUUCAAUGGAUUUGGAAUAGUUACUGAAGAGAACGUCUAUGUGAAUUGUGAUGUGCCACACCCACACUUAUUAGGUGAAAUUCUUGAUAAUUGUUUAAAUGGAAAUGUAUCAGAGGCUAUGGAUAAAAUGACAAACCUUUUACAUAAGGGACAUAGUGCUGAGGGCAUUGCCACUACUCUGUUCAGGGCAUUAAAGACAAAAAAUGAAAUAAAUGAAGCAAUGAGAUUGGAAAUUAUAUUUGAAGUUGGAACGGCACAUAGGAAAAUUUUAGAAGGUGUAGCAACAGAAAUCCAACUUUUAGCAUUGAUUGCAAGAAUCUCCAAGAUAAACAAAAGAUUGAAAAAAAUUUAA